CAUUUGUGUCGUUGGACUUUGAUUGUUAUUUCAUUUCUUCGAUGUCGAAACAAUAGUGAAAUUAGUGAAAGUCAUCAAUAGGAUUAACAAAAUUUUGUAAAAAUGAAUAAACUGAAAUCAUCACAGAGAGAAAAAGUAAAAAAAUUCGUCCUCUUUACACAAACGAGCGAGAGCACGGCAAUUAAUUGUCUAUCACAAAAUGAUUGGAAAUUGGACAUAGCGAGUGAUAACUACUUUCAGAAUCCUGAUGCAUAUUACAAAGACCCCGUGAAGGCGUCUGUGGACAGGAAGAAACUGGAGCUGCUGUUCAACAAGUACAGAGAUCAGCAGGAGGGCGACAAGAUCUCCGUGGACGGCGUCAUGAAAUUUCUGGAGGACUUGAACCUGUGCCCGGAGUCUAUACUAGUUCUCAUUAUCGCGUGGAAGUGCAAAGCUGCAGUGCAAUGUGAAUUCUCCAAAGAGGAGUUCACGACGGGCCUGCUAGAACUAGGAGUGGACAGCAUAGACAAACUAAAGGCCAAGCUCCCAACACUAGAGCUAGAAUUAAAAGAUCCAAAUAAAUUUAAAGAUUUCUACCAAUUCACAUUUAACUAUGCCAAGAACCCCGGUCAGAAGGGAUUAGAAUUAGACAUGGCGAUAGCGUAUUGGAAUAUUGUACUUCGUGGGAGGUUCAAGUUUUUAGAUGCUUGGUGUAAAUUUUUAACGGAUCAUCAUAAGAGAUCUAUACCGAAAGACACAUGGAACCUACUUUUAGAUUUUGCAACACAAAUAGAUGACGGUAUGAGCAACUAUGAUGCAGAGGGCGCCUGGCCCGUUCUCAUCGAUGACUUCGUAGAGUGGUGCCAAAAGCAGGAGCUGACGGCUAACGGUGUCCAAAACACGGAGCCGGUGUCCGGCUAGCUGAUGCUGUAUGACUACAAACAGAAUGAGGCGAGAACACAACCCACAGCUCACAAGAACAACCCAAAUCAAAGAACAAACUCUCCGAGACUAAAAACUGUCUUAUAUAUUCUCUCUCGUCUGAUUCUGUAUAGUCUACUAAUAUGUACAUUUGAAUGGGUUGCAGAUGUCUUUUUCGAUCUACGAAGCUGACUAAACAUAAACUCACAUUUAAGUUUAUUCAAAGAAUUUCUAACAUCUAAAAUAACAGUAGGGGUUGUUUUGUCUUAAACUGUAUGACUAAUGUUAUAAAUAUAACAUACACUUUACAAAAUAUGCAAUAAGACACUGUCUGUAAAAUAGUAGUAGAGGCAAAAAAUAUUAUUUGAUUUGCCACCUUUUAUAAAAGUUUCAAUUCUAUCCUAUGAUCGAAGCUGAAACUAAAUAUUAAUGUUAUGUGAUUACAUUCAGUUUUAGACUAGGCAAGCUCUUUCUGCCUUUCUAAUUGUUAGAUAAAGCUCUCAAUCCGAACGUCCGCUAGAUAAUUUCAAUUUUCAUAAAUUAUAUCUUCUAAUAUAUUUUAAUGUUAAAAAUGUAGCAAGGUUUUUUAAGAUUUUUUUAAUAAAUCUGAUAUUAAUACUUGUGUUAUAUCAUAAUCUGUGAAGAUUUAAAAUUAAGAUGUAAAUAUGUACAUACCAAAUAUUGAUAUUAAUUUUUCUUAAUACAGUUAUUGAAUUUAAAUGUUGAUUCAGAAAACGACUAACAAUUAUUUUUAAUGGAUGUUUCAAAAUUUUCAAUUUUCAGAGAAUCAAAAUUUUAUUUGCACUUUGCAACAAACAUUUUUGAACCCACUUUAUUUUGCCUGUUAGUUGUGGUAUUGAACCCUAAUUUCCGGGGUUGCUAUUGUCAAAAUUGAAAAGGAGGACUCUAUUAAAGUUGUAUUAGUGAGACUUGCUGUAUUAAAUAAGCAAUUUAGGCAAUAUUUUAAAUAUCGAAUAUUUACAAUGUGUAAUAUUUUUUAGUUUACCCAUUAGGAAUGUUGUAAAGUCAUCAAUCUGAAACAUUAUUGUAAGUGAUAAUGCAGUAAAAGUAUCAUUUUACUGUUUGUUUUAAGUUUUUCUGUUUUUUUAAUGAUUUUUGUGACUAAAUUAUUUAUCGAU